AGAGUGCUAAGUUUAUCUGCAGACCAGCGACCGCGCCAGCAGCGAAUCGGAUCUCUAUGGAGGUGGCAUAGAUGAUAUCCCUGAGCUGAGAGCAUCACCCUGUCCCCGAAACCUUCUUUCCUCUGUUUUGUUUUUCAUUCCUUUCCCUUCCCCUCCCCCCUCCAGUCCGCGACGACUGGCUCUUGACCCUGUUCAGGCCUCGGUGAAGGCUUUUGGUUACUCCCUUUGCUACCCCAUCCCUUAAUUUUAUUCUUUUGAAGAGUCUGCCUUUCAAGCUGCCAAGGUGAAACGAGUGACUGCAGAAGGGAAUACUCCUCAUUUCAGCUUUUAUUUUUAUGUGAUAAUCUACCUUUAAGAAAAGGUGUGCCAUACCAGAGAGCACCAGGAAGUCGCUUGAGAGAUCACCUGAUACACGAACGUAUGAUGUUCCACCUGCGCAUUGAUGCAUAGGCAGCAUUUACAAAUUAACUGAUGUAUUACUGUAUAUCAUCUCUUUGAUGAUUGCUCAUCUUCUUUGUAUCCUGUCUUAUAAUUUCAACACAUUUGUGAUACUCAAUGUUUAUUCUAAAUUAACCAUGUUUUGUACCACAAACUCAUUGCCCAUGGAUCUGUUGCUGAAACAAGGAAAUCUUAAACAAGAAGUAGAAUCUUUUUGUUAUCAAAUUGUAUCUGAAUCAAAUGAUCAAAAGGUUGGAGUAUUACAAAGUGAAGAUGAACAGUUGCAGCCUUCAGUUUCUGAAAAAUCAGAAAGUGAGCUUUCCAGGGUCAAAUUUAUAUCCAAUUCCAACAAAAUAGCAUUUAGUAAGAAACCAAAAAGAAGAAAAUAUGAUGAAAGUUAUUUGUCUUUUGGAUUUACUUACUUUGGAAAUAGAGAUGCACCUCAUGCUCAGUGUGUGCUAUGUAAGAAAAUUUUAUCAAAUAGCUCCUUGGCCCCUAGUAAGCUUCGAAGACAUUUGGAAACUAAACAUGCUGCGUAUAAAGACAAAGACAUAAGCUUUUUCAAGCAACAUCUUGAUUCACCUGAAAAUAAUAAACCCCCAACACCUAAAAUUGUCAAUACAGAUAAUGAAAGUGCUACCGAGGCAUCAUACAAUGUAAGUUACCAUAUAGCCCUGAGUGGAGAGGCUCAUACAAUUGGAGAAUUGCUUAUCAAACCUUGUGCGAAAGAUGUAGUGAUGCGGAUGUUUGAUGAACAAUAUAGUAAAAAAAUAGAUGCAGUACAACUAUCAAACAGUACCGUUGCACGUCGAAUUAAGGAUCUAGCUGCUGACAUUGAAGAAGAACUUGUUUGUAGACUGAAAAUUUGUGAUGGGUUUUCACUGCAGCUAGAUGAAUCGGCUGAUGUUUCAGGACUUGCUGUGCUGCUUGUGUUUGUUCGUUAUAGGUUUAAUAAGUCCAUUGAAGAAGACCUACUAUUGUGUGAAUCUUUGCAAAGUAAUGCUACUGGUGAAGAAAUAUUCAACUGCAUCAACAGUUUUAUGCAGAAACAUGAAAUUGAAUGGGAAAAAUGUAUUGAUGUUUGUAGUGAUGCUUCUAGGGCAAUGGAUGGGAAAAUUGCCGAGGCUGUCACCUUGAUAAAAUAUGUGGCUCCCGAAAGCACCAGUAGUCACUGCCUAUUAUAUAGACAUGCACUAGCAGUUAAAAUAAUGCCUACAUCUCUAAAAAAUGUGUUAGAUCAGGCAGUACAAAUCAUCAACUAUAUUAAAGCUCGACCACAUCAAUCCAGACUACUAAAAAUUUUAUGUGAAGAAAUGGGUGCCCAACACACAGCACUUCUCCUAAAUACAGAGGUGAGGUGGCUUUCUCGAGGUAAAGUUCUUGUAAGACUUUUUGAGCUUCGACGUGAACUGUUGGUUUUCAUGGAUUCUGCUUUUCGACUAUCUGAUUGUUUAACAAAUUCAUCUUGGCUGCUAAGACUUGCAUAUCUCGCAGAUAUUUUUACUAAAUUAAAUGAGGUUAAUUUGUCAAUGCAAGGGAAAAAUGUGACAGUUUUUACAGUGUUUGAUAAAUUGUCAUCAUUGUUAAGAAAAUUGGAAUUUUGGGCCUCAUCUGUAGAAGAAGAAAACUUUGAUUGUUUUCCCACACUCAGUGACUUUUUGACUGAAAUUAAUUCUACAGUUGAUAAAGAUAUUUGUAGUGCCAUUGUACAGCACUUAAGGGGUUUGCGCUCUACUCUGUUAAAAUAUUUUCCUGUAACAAACGACAAUAAUGCUUGGGUUAGAAAUCCUUUUACAGUAACUGUUAAACCAGCCUCAUUAGUAGCACGGGACUAUGAGAGCUUGAUUGAUUUAACAUCUGAUUCUCAAGUAAAACAAAAUUUCAGUGAACUUUCACUAAAUGAUUUUUGGAGUAGCCUAGUUCAAGAGUACCCAAGCAUUGCAAGGCGUGCAGUUCGCGUACUUCUUCCUUUUGCUACAAUGCACCUGUGUGAAACAGGGUUUUCAUAUUAUGCUGCAACAAAAACAAAAUAUAGGAAAAGACUUGAUGCUGCACCUCAUAUGCGGAUACGACUUAGCAAUAUUACACCUAAUAUUAAACGGAUAUGUGAUAAAAAGACACAAAAACACUGUUCUCAUUAAAAUUGAAGGGUUUUGCAUGUCUUUCUUGAUAACCAAAUGUAAGAUGAAAAUAAAAGACGAUUUACUUCAUCUCUGGUAUUUGGGAGUUUAAAAUGAUUCAAAUUUUUUUAUACUUAGAUUUUAAGAAAGUUAAAGAAUCAGAAAAUUAAACAU